GCAAUCGCUGCUGUGCCCAGUCAUGAACUAAUUCGCGGCACCCAUCCGUCCAUCGUCAACCCCGCUUGUUCAUUAUCUUGUUUCCUUGCUGCGACGGAGCUCCGUUAGUUCUGUCGUGUCACCUUAACCCAGCCAUCGUUGUUCGCGUUGUUCGGGUCACUACAACACGCAGCAACCCGCCCGCACACGACCACUUCCCCCUCGACAUUCACACUCACUCUACGCCAACAUGAUCAAACGGAAGUUCUCCUUCAACAUUGCACCUGUUAAGGUCCCCUCCAAGAGCGAUCUCCACAGCAAGGCUUCCCCGGAGCCAGUUCCCUCCCAAUCCGCAUCCCGUUCGGUCCAAUCACAGUUUCAUUCUCAUCACCGUCAUCAUUCCCUUGAAUAUGCCUCUCCCCUCGAUUCCCCCUUUAUAAGCCGCCAGCGCAUCGACCCCAGAACCGAACAGGAACUUCGCGCUGCGUGCGCGCUGAUUCUACAGCACUUCAAACCUUCCGAUCAUGGACUGGAGGACGCCGACCCGAAGCUCGACUUCCAAUGUCCGAACCGCCGGAAAGAACGCAAUGACCUCCGCGAUCAGCGAGAUCAACAGGAUCACCGGGACCGGAGAGAACAUGGGGACCAGCGAUCCGGUGCAACCGACGUGAGGGUUCGACAGCCUACGGGCGCUCCGCAGCAACAUGCGAGUUCUGCCGUGGCGAAAAAGCAAUCCAAAUCUCGACUCAACCGGGCAGAUAUUUUGUUCAGGGAUGACAAUUGGGAGAAGCCACCCCCACGGGCGAAUACUGGUCGACGAAGGGCUGAUCAGUCUGCGCCGGUAGAGAAGGGGAAGCAUAUCAAGUCCCCACCUGUCGAACACGUGCGGCCAGCAGUGACGCGGGUCGACGUGGACUCGGACGAUGGUAAGAGUGUGGGAACCCCGCUGACCGCCUCGACGGAUACCCAUGUGAACAAUUCAUCAACAGCGCCUACCUCGGCGGCGUUGACGACUGGGAGAAACUCAAAGAGGGAGUCUCACCAGUUUGACGGUGCUGCGAGGGCGGAUGCGCAAGCUACCGAAUGGAUGCGCCAACAGCUGGAGAAGAAGAACCGAGACCAACCCGCCCCACCGAAAGUAGAGAAAGAACCUCAGACCCCCAGCCGUUCGAAGAGCAUACGAACUGGCAUCAAAGACUACAUCUUUCCUGGAUCUGCAGCCCUAAGCAGAGCCCAAUCCCAUGAAACCUUGAGCUCUUCAAACAACCAGACCGCUCCUCCCAAGGAUCUGAGACGGACUGCCUCGUCGCAUGGCUGGCGGAGUUGGGGCCUUCAGCGCAAGUCGAGCUCACGAAGUAGUAGUAGGCCGAAUUCGUCCAAGGGCCGCGUCGAGAAUCAAGAACAAGAGGCCAAACCGUCUAUCAAUCUGAACCGCGAACUGCCCCCACUUCCAAGCCUGGAUUCGUGGAAGGACGAGGGGCAACCCAAGGCAAGAGAAGAGAGGAAGUCACAGAUCCAGAGUGCACAUAUUGCGACAGUGAUGCGAUCUUCCGAGCAGCAGCAACAGCAAGACUAUGCUGCGGCAGUGCGGAAGCAUCAUCGAAGAAGUGGGUCUGACACACUGGCGCUUCGCUAUGCCAAUGCCUCAUAUUCCCAGUCCAUCCCGCAGGUGGGCCCUGUCCCGCCACGCAAGAAUCAGAAGGCCAAGGAACGGACGCAUCCAACUCGCGGUGACAGCUCCAUGGACUUUGACGAUAUGAUGUCGGCUAUGAAAUCCACCGAACAGCUUGUCGCCCUGAGCGGCGCCCACAAACAAAGCGUAGAGCGUCACUCACGGUCUCCCAGCAUCAAGAUGAGCAGUGAUCAGUCCCGCCUGGAAGCACCCGUAAACUUCUCGCGCAAGAUCAGCGCCGACAUAAUGAGCCCGCGCAGCCUCGACCACAUUGUGUAUCCAAACCAAGUCCAACUAGGCCCAAGCCCUCAACAGCAGCCCCAGCGACACAAAUCCACGCUGAAGAAAGUCUUUGGCGGGUGGAUGUCCAAGAAGGAGAAGAAGGACAAUUGGAUGAAGCAAGUCGAGAAGAAUGGCGUCAAGAAUGGUGUCAUGAUCCAAGACGAGGCCGCGCUUCCUCCCGUAGUGCGCUAUUAAUUUCUCUCUCUCUAAUCGUUUCCCUUCCGUCACUUAGAUGAGACCCUUUUCUUUUGUUUACAAUUCUCCAGGCCUGUCGACUGGAUCGCUGGCACCCUUAAUCACCAUUAUCACACCGAGCUUUGAAGGCUUGGCCAGUCCACACCACGUUCAAACUUUCCUACCUCCUUCCCUCCCCCACGCGUCUUAAC